AGGGUGAAAGCCGGAGCCAUGGAGUCCGAGGGGAUCGGCGAGGACUGCGGCGUGUUCGGCUGCGUCGCGGCCGGAGACUGGCCCACCCAUCUGGAUGUGCCUCACGUGAUCGCCCUGGGACUGGUGGCGCUGCAACACAGAGGUCAAGAAAGUGCUGGAAUUGUGACAAGUAAUGGAGCUUCCCCGCCACUUUAUGCAAUUCAUAAGGGAAUGGGCCUUGUCAAUAGUACUUUUCGAGAGGAACAGAUACAGAAACUUCGCACUGGAAACCUGGGAAUAGGACACACUCGAUAUUCCACAUCGGGUAUUUCUGGACUCCAAAACUGUCAGCCAUUUGUAGUGGAAACUCUUCAUGGAAAGAUAGCUGUUGCGCACAAUGGAGAACUCGUUAAUGCCAAAAAACUGAAAAUGAAGGUACUGCGACAUGGAGUUGGUUUGUCCACCAGCUCAGACAGUGAACUUAUUACACAGCUGCUGGCUUUGACCCCACCAAAGGAGGAAGCUGAUACACCUGACUGGGUGGCUAGGAUUAGAAAUUUAAUGACUGCAACACUUACCUCUUAUUCAUUACUUGUCAUGUACAAAGAUGUAAUCUACGCUGUCCGUGACCCUUAUGGGAACCGUCCAUUGUGCCUGGGCCGCCUUGUACCAGUUUCCAAAUUCGACAGUCCAAGAGAAACGGAUACUGAAUCAGAAACUGAAGGAUGGGUGGUCUCUUCUGAGUCAUGUAGUUUUCAAUCUAUUGGUGCCAGAUAUUACCGUGAAGUAUUACCUGGGGAAAUUGUACAGAUUUCUAAGCAUGGAAUUAAAACACUUGACCGUGUACCAAGACCUGGAGGAGAUCCUCCUGCAUUCUGUAUUUUUGAAUAUGUUUAUUUUGCCAGACCUGACUCCAUAUUUGAAGGACAAAUGGUAUAUACUGUCAGGCGUCGCUGUGGUCAUCAGCUUGCCAUUGAGGCUCCGGUAGAUGCAGACUUGGUCAGCACAGUUCCUGAAUCUGCAACUCCAGCAGCACUUGGUUAUGCACAAGAGGCAGGACUGCCUUAUGUGGAAGUACUCUGCAAAAACCGCUACGUAGGCAGAACAUUUAUUCAACCAAAUACAAGAUUACGUCAGCUUGGAGUGGCUCAAAAAUUUGGAGCACUAAGUGAUAACUUUGCUGGAAAGAGGAUCGUGCUGAUAGAUGAUUCUAUUGUACGUGGAAAUACUAUUUCUCCAAUCAUCAAGGUCCUGAAGGAAGCAGGUGCCAAAGAGGUACACAUACGUGUCGCUUCACCUCCAAUAAGGUUUCCUUGUUACAUGGGAAUCAAUAUUCCAACAAAGGAAGAACUAAUUGCGAACAAACCAGAGUUUGAGGACCUUGCUGGCUAUAUAGGUGCAAACAGUGUGGUGUAUCUCUCUGUCGAUGGGUUGCUUUCAGCUGUACAGGAAGGGAGUAAAAGUCUGCGACCAAAUUCCAUCAUCAGUAAUGGUGACAAUGACAGUAAAUCUUCCCCCAAACAAAUAGGUCAUUGUACAGCCUGUCUCACAGGGAAAUACCCAGUGGAGCUAGAAUGGUAAAGAUUCUACGUCAUUCACCAGCAAAACUGUUGGAGAUGUGAAUAAACCAUACGACACCAUUAUUAAUGUGUUCUCAAUGAGCAACCUAUAAUUUUUUUAUCCAAGUGUAGCAGUUCAGUGUUCUCACAGUCUACUUGUGCAAUUUCUUGCUUUUUAUAAACCACAUUGUGUUUGAUGCAUUCUAUAUUAUUAAUGAUAGUCCAUUUGAACAUGCACAGUGCAGUGGAUCCAGUUAUAAUGUGGUUGUUUGUGAUCCACAAAAUCCCAACCUGCUCUAUAGUGAGACUCAAUAACUGAUUUAACCGCGUAUGUAUACAAGUGCCCAGUUCACUCUCUAUACACUGGCUGGUUCCUGCAUUUAUAUAUAAAAAAAAGUCUGAUUUCUGAGACAUCAGGAUACUGCUAAUGGCACUUCUUAUUUUACGGGUAAAGAGCAAGUGACGUUGGCAGCGGACAGAUAACCUGGAGUCUGGUCUUUUUUUUAACACAGAAAGCUAAGGUGGCUAACUUCUGAGUUAUCAGCUCACUGCUGGAAAUGUUAGUAACAGCCUAAUGACCUGGAAGUUAUUGGCACGUGAAAAGAGAGUGAGUGGUCUGUCUGCAUAUAUGCGCAAUAAGAUCCACACAGUAUUGGUACCAAAAGAAAUGUUCUCUUAUUGAAAACACAUGAGUAAGUCAUUUAUUUCCUGAUGUGAUAGAUAAUUGUACAAGGUGCAAAUGGUACAAGGCUAUAAUGUACUAUGAGUGAGUGAUGCUAUAAAUUGUUACAACCUGAACAUACCCCCUAAACAGCGCCCACAAUAGACAAAAUUGCAAUCUCGAGUUCUGUGCCACAUGACAGGAAGAAUGAGGAAGAGAUUAGUUAACUGAAUUUUAAUAAAUAAUCUGGCAGGAAGAGUGGGCUUUAUUUAGUGAAAAGUUGUAUACUUUUGUGUUUAGAGGUAUCAUUCUAACAUACUAAACUAUGUUUAAUUACUAUAGAUGUAGCAAUGUUCUGAACAUCUAAAGCUAGAUAGAGUAUCUUAAGAUGGGGUUUAUUUCUGUUGUGCCUUGCAACUAAAAUAGAAGAGCUAUUCCUGUUUUUUCUGGGAGGCUUCCGAUUUUAGUUAUUUUGUAAACAGCGAUGAGAUUUAAUACCUUAUGUUCCGUACAUUUUGCUUCAUGGAUGAUAGAGAUGUUGAAUCUCUUGUUUUUGAUUUUGGAGUGUUGAUAGAUGAAGUUCAUUGUUCAGCAAAUUCAAAUGUGAUAUCAUGUUUACCUUAGAAAAACUAUACGGACUAUCCUUUAGUGAGUCUGUUAAUUGUCUCUGGUAACUUUUAUGUCAAACAGAUUAAACUAACCAACGUUUAGAAUUUUCCCAUUUACGAUCACUGGUAACUCAGACAUUUGUAAUAAAUAAUUAUUUUUCUGGAACUUCUACCUGAAUCAUUUCCUUUUGAAUAAGUCAUAGCCUAUGACUAUUCUGAAAUAUUUUGAUACUGUUUUUGAUAUACAAUACAAAAUUACAUUUGUGUAGCGCCUUUCACAUCGGGAGAACAUCCCAAGGUGCUGGAAAUCAUUAUUAUACAACAUUAUGAUAAAAUGUUGAUGUUUCGCUUUGAGCUGUAGGUAUUUUGCAUGCAAAUUCUGACGGUUAAAUAUUGAAACAUUGUUCAGUUAUUACCACUCCAUUUCCUCACCAUAUCUCUGACAGACUUCAAGCUGUCCUUCAAACAGUAUGGUAGAUUCUUGACUAUGGAUAGUUAGUUUCUCAGUUACUGAGCUGCUCAAGACCUUUUUGUAAAACAUAAAUGUAAACAUUUAAUGAAAGGAGUAUGUACAAUCUUAGGUAAAGUUUAUAAUUAUUAAUGUAUUGGAAUAAUUGGUUCAAAAAGUGAAAUGUAAAUAAAAUUUACUCCAAACUUAAGUUUAAUAAUAAUCCU